UCUAUUUUAUUUAUUAUUAAUAUUUACCUUUGAGUUUAUUUGAAUCUAAAAAUUCUAGCUAAAUUAUUUUUAACGAUUUACAUAUGUUAAUAAAGUGACGGAAUUAAUUUUAUCUCCAUUUUUAUUAUUUAUUAAAAAAAUUAAAGAAAUAAUUUUUAAUUGAAACAUGCAAUACAAAAAUAAUUCAAAACCAACAUCAACCAAAUGUUGCCUCUAUGAUAAUUGGAAACCUUGGGCACAAAAAGUACAAGGAAAAAAUCAAGAAAAUAAUCGUUUUUGGGGCAUUGUUGAGACACCUUACAAAUAUUGGGAACGCAAACCAAGAUCGAAUUUACCGAAACCUUUUUUCGAUGGCCAAAAUAAUUUUCAACAAACCAGGCAAAGACUCGUUCUAAAAAAUCGAUUGGGUUCGGAACAAAAUGAAUCGAAAAUUGUUCCAGUUCAAUCGAAAAGAAGCAUCCCGAAUCACGCUUUAAUGAAAAAUUUACUCAGUGGGUUAAGUAUUUUCGACGACGAGAAAUUACCGGCCACUCAAAGCUCAAUUUAUAGGCAUAAAUCAUUGGGGAAUUUAAAGGAAUUUACCCCGAAAAAUUACGAAAUAAAACCCAGCGUAAAAAGCAGCAUUGAUUUCACCGAAUCCUCCCAAUUAAGGCGCGAUUUUAACGAGGAAGAUUUUAGAAAAUACUGCAGAAAUUACGCUAAAGUAUCGUUACAUAAUCAUUUAAUUGAAACCCCCGAAAAUUAUUUCGCCCCUAAAACUUGCACCGACAAAAGAUGUCCGUCUAAUCACCACAACAAGAACGUAGGGGAUGGAUGUUUUUUUAAAAAGCAUUCAAAAUUCUUCGGGGAUGAGAGCAAAUUGACGUAUUGCCUUCAUAAAAGAAACAUCGUUCAAGAACGCAAACGAUUUUUUGAAAGAAAAGAGAAAGAUAUGCAAGAAGAAUGUCGUCUUAGCAAGUAUAAACCGCCGUUACAAUUCUUUUCCACCAAUUUACCAGUGGAAAUGAAAACUCCUUGUUACAAUAACGAAAGUGUAAUGGAACUUUAUAGAAAUGCAAAAAUCGUGGGAAGCGCCACGACGAUUUCGCGAAGUAAACACUCAAGAAUGAAACUAAACCAACAUUUAGAACCGAAACAAAUCGAACUUUUCCAUCCCGAUUAUAACUUUGAUAACAAAAGUAGCAGCGGAGAUUUUAAACAAUCAAUCAUCGAUAGCAUCCGCACGAAAAUCUUUAAAUCUCCAUCGUCGUUUUCCGAAGAAGACGAUUACUUCGAUUCCCACUCAAAUAAAUUUCCUAAAUUUCCGAAAGAAACCAGAAAAGCGAUGUCGAUCAUUAUGAAUAAACAGAAAAAGAAUUGCCGAUGUUGCAAAACGAAACAAUGUUUUAACGUUGAGACUCAAACGAGUCCGGUUUCUUCGAAAAAUUCGGUUUGUUAUUAUAAAGGAUUACCUUGCACGAAAAAUUUGUUGUGUAAAAGAGGCUAUCAUAAUGGGAGGUGCGAAGAAGAAAUUUUAAUUUCGAGGAAAUUGGAAAGUAUUUGUAGCGGGGAUUGUUGUUGUAAAAGAGAUCAACAUUCAUCGGAAGUUUUAAGAUCAUCUUUUUGGUCGAUUAGGAGCCGAAUACAUUCUUCGAUUCGAAACCCGGCCAUCAACGACGAUUACAUCAAUUAUCAAACCGAUUAUGAUUCUUCGGUUGAAGAAAACGUUGAAAAUCCAGUUCAUUACGAGUACAAUAAUAAUAAUAAAGUGGAUGUUCCUAUUUCUAAGAGUUCCAACAAUCAACUCAGUGGAGUUUACAAAGAACGAAAUUCAGUACCAAAAAGAGAAGUUAAAAAUGCCGUGGUAAUAUCAAAACAGUUGGAUUUGCAGUAA